AUGAAGCCCUUUGGGUUUCCCAUACAUGGGGCCAUGGAUGGCUUCAGCUGGAAAAUAUUAUGGCUUGAGGUUACCAGGUCCAACAACUCACCAGAUAACACUGCCACUUACUUCUUAAGUACUGUAAAGGAAUUGAAAGGGUGCCCUAGACAGCUAAUUACAGAUCUUGGCACUGAAAGUGGAUUGGCAGCAUUAAUGCAGUCUUAUUUUCAUGAUGAUGCUGAUGCCGACAGUUAUAUCUCAUCACCUAGAAACCGAAGAAUUGAAUUGGGUGGUGGUCAUUUUAUUCAUGGAGCAGGUCAACAUGGUGGCGCAAUUUUUUCCAAGAUUUGGAACUUGAGGGUGUCUUGUACUCUUCUUCUGAAUUAAGUAUGGAAUGUUUGUGGAACUGUUUUGCACCAGUUAUCCAGAAAGACCCUGACAUUGUUAAAGAACACUGGAACAGCCACAGAAUUAGGUAG